CAAAGGAGGAUUUCAUAAGAACAAAAUGGAUGGAAAGGAGAAAACCUAUGGUGGCUAUGAAGGCCCUGAUGCCAUGUAUGUCAAAUUGAUAUCAUCCAAUGGUCAUGAAUGUAUUGUAAAAAGAGAACAGGCAUCAACACCAGGCACAAUAAAAACUAUGUUGAAUGGCCCAGAUGAGUUUGCUGAGAACAAAACCAAUGAGUUCAAUUUUAGAGAGAUUCCUUCACAUGUGCUAUUAAAAGUAUGCUUGUAUUUUGCAAACAAGUUUCACUACAGUAACAGCUCCACCAAGAUUCCCGAAUUCCCAAUAGCACCCGAAAUUGUGUUAGAACUGCUGCUGGCUGCCAGCUUCCUAGAUUGUGAAAAAAAAAUUAUAAUAAACUGUUAA